UAAUCAUACUUGGCUUUAGUAAAUUUAACAACCAAGUUAAAUCACUAAAAAUGAAUUCAAUUAUUAACAUUUUAUUUAGUAUUUGCUUGAUAAUCGUGCAAGUAAAUUGUGAUGAAAAUGCCAUCGAUUAUGGAGAGGAGGCAAAUACCGAUGCCGUCAAACUGAGAGUAUACUCAUUGGUUCAGCCCAUCGGACAGUUAAUGGAUGCGGCCAUUAAACGGUACGGGAAUGUAGGCCUACCCGUACCCAUAGGUCUGUACGGCGACGCUAAGGUGUUUGCCAUUGAGACCAUUCCCUGGGUGUUCAGUCAGGUCAAGUCCAUCGGCAACUCUACCGAUAGAUCCCGAGUGACCGCACAAUUCUUGGGCGAAGUCCACGGCUUUAAUUAUAUGAGCAAACGGUUGGACAAAAUCCGUAAGAGCGCUGAUGUGGUGGUCAAAGGAUCGGCCGACGAGUUGUUGAAUAGGCUAAAGGGAACCGAACAAUUUAUGCUAGAUUCUCUGGACACUGAGAUGUCCAUUGCGUCGCAUCCACUAUGGGUUGCAUUUCACCAAAGGAUUAAAAACUUUCUGACUGCCGAAUUUCCCAAACUCUACUCAGCCAUUGCCCGAUUACCUACCGAGGAUUCUAAGCAGAAAAACAUCGCGGUGCUGCUCGCCGAUUUAUCGCACGUUACAAUUCCACCUUUGUAAAUUAUUGAUUUAAUUUUAUUUAAUACAUUGACUAAUUUUUAUUAAGACAAUUUCAAUAAACGUUAUUUGCAUAAUAAA